AGCUGGGGCGGAGGAAGAGGCGGCCAAGGCCUGCCGAGCCGUUGCAGUCUUCGCGGCUGCUAUGCCCAGGGAGCGCAGCGCCCUCCGCAGCUCCGCGCAGCCCUAGAGGCAGCCGAGCGCCCGCCGACGCCUCCCGGAUCCCGGUGCCACCGCUACCCAGGUCCCGCAGCUCCCGCGGAUCCUCCGGCGUUACCUGUGAGGCCAGGCGGAGGCAAGAUGAAGAUGACGGUGGAUUUCGAGGAGUGUCUGAAGGACUCGCCCCGCUUCAGGGCCGCCUUGGAAGAGGUAGAAGGAGAUGUGGCUGAGCUGGAACUAAAACUCGACAAGCUUGUGAAACUGUGUAUCGUGAUGAUUGACACUGGCAAAGCCUUUUGUGUUGCAAAUAAACAGUUCAUGAAUGGGAUUCGGGACCUGGCCCAGUAUUCUAGCAAUGAUGCUGUGGUUGAGACAAGUUUGACCAAGUUUUCUGACAGUCUUCAGGAAAUGAUCAAUUUCCACACAAUUCUGUUUGACCAAACUCAGAGAUCUAUUAAGGCCCAGCUUCAGAACUUUGUCAAAGAAGAUCUUAGAAAAUUCAAAGAUGCCAAGAAACAAUUUGAAAAAGUCAGUGAAGAAAAGGAAAAUGCACUAGUAAAAAAUGCCCAAGUUCAAAGAAACAAACAGCAUGAGGUUGAAGAGGCUGCAAACAUUCUCACAGCCACGCGGAAGUGCUUUCGGCACAUAGCGCUUGACUACGUCCUGCAGAUUAAUGUGCUUCAAUCAAAAAGGAGAUCAGAAAUCCUGAAAUCAAUGCUGUCCUUCAUGUACGCACAUCUGGCCUUCUUCCAUCAAGGGUAUGACCUGUUCAGUGAGCUUGGGCCCUACAUGAAAGAUCUUGGAGCACAGUUGGAUCGACUGGUUGUAGAUGCAGCAAAGGAGAAAAGAGAGAUGGAGCAAAAACACUCUACGAUCCAGCAGAAGGAUUUCUCCAGUGACGACUCCAAGCUAGAGUAUAAUGUGGACGCUGCAAAUGGCAUUGUCAUGGAAGGGUAUCUGUUCAAACGAGCCAGCAACGCCUUCAAAACGUGGAACAGGAAAAAGCCCGAUCACAUCAGACGCUGGUUCUCCAUACAGAACAAUCAGUUGGUUUACCAGAAAAAGUUUAAGGACAGCCCCACUGUGGUGGUGGAAGACCUCAGGCUCUGCACAGUGAAGCAUUGCGAAGACAUCGAGCGGCGGUUCUGCUUUGAGGUCGUCUCUCCAACAAAAAGUUGUAUGCUCCAGGCAGAUUCUGAAAAGCUUCGCCAGGCCUGGAUUAAGGCUGUUCAGACCAGUAUUGCAACUGCUUAUAGAGAGAAGGGCGAUGAAUCAGAGGUGAGUAGAAGUUUGGUCAGUAUCACAGGAGAUAGUGCUAAAUGUUUUAAAUCUCACUUACUAAUGCUAUCUUUUUCCCUAUGUAGGAGCCUUGGGGUUCACUUUUCGAAAGUAAGAUCUUUAACUUUAGACACUUGGGAGCCAGAACUCUUAAAGCUUAUGUGUGAAUUGGGAAAUGAUGUUAUAAAUCGAGUUUAUGAAGCUAAACUGGAAAAAAUGGGAGUAAAGAAACCACAGCCAGGACAAAGACAGGAGAAGGAGGCAUAUAUCAGAGCAAAAUAUGUGGAAAGGAAAUUUGUGGAUAAGUACUCUGCAUUGCUGUCACCGUCUGAGCAGGAGAAAAGGAUCACCCCCAAGAGCUGUGAGGACCAGAGGCUGAGCCAUGCCAGAGCAUCUGUCCACACCCCAGUCAAGAGUAAUGACAGUGGGAUCCAGCAGUGCUCCGACGAUGGCCGAGAAUCUCUGCCUUCAACUGUGUCAGCCAACAGCUUAUAUGAGCCUGAAGGAGAAAGACAAGAGUCAUCUGUGUUUCUUGACUCUAAACAUCUUAAUCCAGGACUUCAGCUUUAUAGGGCUUCGUACGAAAAAAACCUUCCCAAAAUGGCUGAGGCUCUGGCUCAUGGUGCAGAUGUGAACUGGGCUAAUUCAGAUGAAAACCAAGCAACACCACUCAUUCAGGCUGUAUUAGGGGGCUCUUUGGUGACAUGUGAGUUCCUGUUGCAGAAUGGUGCUAAUGUGAACCAAAGAGAUGUCCAAGGGCGGGGACCACUGCACCACGCCACCGUCUUAGGACACACAGGGCAGGUGUGCUUAUUCCUCAAGCGAGGUGCCAAUCAACAUGCCACUGACGAGGAGGGGAAGGACCCUCUGAGUAUCGCCGUGGAAGCAGCCAAUGCUGACAUAGUAACCCUGUUACGCUUAGCAAGAAUGAAUGAGGAAAUGCGGGAAUCAGAAGGACUUUAUGGACAGCCAGGUGAUGAAACUUACCAGGAUAUUUUUCGUGAUUUUUCUCAAAUGGCAUCCAAUAAUCCAGAGAAACUCAAUCGUUUCCAGCAAGAUUCACAGAAGUUCUGAUCCUUUUAACAGGGGAAACUAUGAAAUUUGGUGAAUUCUUAACGUCUGCAGCCAGAAACCCUUUUUACUUCUUUAAUUCCACUUAAUUUUGGUAGACAUUGAAUUGUUUGAAAAAAUGGUGCCCGUUCAUUUGGAUUUUUUAAGUGAGAACAAGGUCUCUCAUAAUUGGGAAAGGGAGAAAUCCUCUAUAGUUCCUCUUUUAUUUAAGAAGAAAGAAGUCUUUUCAAUGGGUUGUGCUCUUAUAUAAAGUUGUAUCAAAGGCAUCUCUGAGUUCUGAGGUGCUACAUUGCUAGACCUCUCCAUCCUUGCCGUGGUGGGUGGGACUCUGGUUCCCCUGGGAACAUUCAGUCACCGUGUCUGCAUCAGGUGGGAGCCUGUUAUCUUACCUGCUUGGAGCAUGCGUCUUUUCUAUAGCUGUCCUUAUAACAGUCGGUGGCUCAGACAUAGGUAUGUGCGUUUUCUGGUAGCUCAGCGGAGGCCCCUCCUACCCCACCCCCACCCCCCAGUGAGUUUGCCCCUCUCUCACUCUGAGGUGCCCUUGUCCCCCAGUCUCUAGCACCAUGGCUGCCAUGUGAGUGGAGCACACUUUACUCUUUCGAUUCAUUUCGUCUUACAGUGGAAAGAAGCUUACUGUUUUCUUUCUUCAGUCACCAAGAAUCCUAGCUCAGCUUCUGUUGUCAGGUUGAUUUCCUGAAACCUUGACAGAUCGCCACUAUAAUAAAACCAGAUUUCAGAAGUUGGCUAUUGCAAAAUUGGGCUUUCUUCAAAACACGGUGAUGUCAAAGAUAAUAUUUUAGGGCAUUUUUAUAUUUGGAAUUAAUUCAUUUUAAGAUAUAUAUUUUUUACUGUUGUUACUCUGGUGAAAGAAAAAUCUCCAUGUAAUGGGAGAGAAAGCUAAUUUUUUUCUUGUUUAUACUAAAAUUUACCAGCAAUAAAGUCCUUUUAUUUUUUUCUACAUUUAUCUUGUGUACUAUACAACAGUAUACAUUCUUUAAAUUGUAUCUUGUAUAUAGCUUUAGAAUUAAGUGAAAUAAGUCAUUUUGAGUUCCAAAAUUAUGCACAUGUGAUAUAGUUUGUCCAGUCUCACCUCUGAUUGAUUGGUUGAUGUCUUGUCGAAGGACGGGGUGAAGGAGCUGCCUUGUAGCUCAUUGCCAGCACUGUUGAUGACACUUACUCUUUGCAAGCUGUUUGUAAGUAGCAUUGAUACUCAGCUUCACAGAAACAUUUUGAAAUGCAUGUAAAAUUAUAGUUAAUUAAGUAAAAACUUGAACAUUUUCCCCACAGUAUAUAGAGCUUUAUUUUAAUUAAAUAUAAAUCAGAAUCUAAGUAGAAGUUAUAUUGAAAUAAAUUUGCCACCCAGAUUGGGUCCCAUAAUUCGACCAAGUUGCAAGCAUGCAGUGCAUAUUUAGUAAGCCACCACACAUUAAGGAUAAGACCCUUGUGAUUUGUUUCUGAGGAAGUGCGAACUUCCACAGGCUGAAAGGAUUUUUGUCUUUGCUGUCACCCCUCAGAUUUGCAAGUCAUCUGGCCUUGUAGGCAUUUAAAUAAAGGCAAAGGUCUCAUGUGUGAUAUUUUAAUUGGUAUGUACUUUGAAAUGUAUUGUCCUAAAACAUGCUCAAAGAAGAGAACCAGGCUAAAGAUAGGGAAGAAAGCCCACCUCUUCCGAGGUGCUCCUUGGUUGCUCCUGGAGCUCCUCCCUCAUGCGUGAAGGUGUAGGUGGGGCUCCCUGGGCUCCCUUUGGUUCUGCUGCUGGGGGUAGUUCCUCCAGACCUGCUGCCUCCCUGCUGUGGCAGUCAGUGGUGUCUUCUGCCCUUUAAUGACUAGAGAGUUUUUUUUUUUUUUUAAGCCUUAAAGAUUCAAGUGAAAUGCCUUAAAGAUUAUGAUGGUUCUGAAUCUCUUUAGAAUUCAGAUUUAGCUACAUCACUUAGUACUGUGUAGAGGCUGGCAAUACAAGACUACAUUGCUGUGGCUUACUUCAUUUUCUCGAUGUCAUGACAAACUGAAUGAGAGAAAGGACUGGGGUGUGUCGAGGCUUUUAAUGAACAGUUUCAAAGGAGGCCGGCUCUUAGAUGCGUUCUGCUGUGCUCGCUGAUAGCUUUCUGUGACAUGUGGAGGCAUUCCGGUCCAUGCAUUAGAGAGAUGGGCACACCCAGUGCUGGCUGCUUGUUCUGGUUGCCCUGCGGUCUCUCCAGGACGGACGUGCUGAUGGUAGUUUCAUUCUUUAUUAUUCAUCUGUUAGUUCUUUUCCAUGCUCUCACUGAUGUAAAAGAAUAGAGGCACUCUGAAGGGCUCGUUAAGCGCAGCUUUUCCGUGGAUGUAGAUAAAGGUGAUCAAGCAGCAGCCAUUGACCAGGCGUCAUUGCAUCGCAUAUUUAAGAUUUCCAAAAUUUCAAAUUUAUUUUUAACACAGACCUCAAAGAUUAAUUCCAGCAUUACAGUGUACCUAACUAAUUGACGCUGGUGUUCUUUGUAGUUUAGUGAAUUCUGGUAUUUACUUCCCCCAAAGUAAUUCAGCUUGCAACUUGUACUUUAGUACAUCAAAGGUGCAUUUUGGGGAAAAAAUAUAUAUGCUCACAUUUUACAAAACUUAAACUUGUGAUCAUGUUAGCAAUAUUUAAAAAUAAAAUUGUCUGCAUAUUAGGUAUGAUUAUAAGCCAAUCUGUGUUUAAAACUAAACUGCUACCCACUUUGAGUAAUUGAACAUUCCUAGAUCACCCAUUUAAAUUAACUCUUUGUGUGGUUGCAUUUUGACCAUUAGCAGGACUAGAAAAUGUGGUUUUUUGUUUUUGUUUUUAAUGAAACCCUAUAUCCGUACUACCUUCAGUUCAUGUUCCUUCUUGGGUCCAGGGCCUCUGACAAAGUGAAUGAUGAAGCAAAGGGAACUAUAACCCUCCCUUUGUUCGUGUUAUGACUUAGGCUGGACUUUCCUGCCACCCUUCGUCUCCUGGUGUCACGGGAGGACUUCUGAGACCGCCAUGGUCUGUGACUGUCAGCCUUGUCUGUGUCUCCAUCCCCAGCCUGCUCCUCUUGUUUUGCAGAGAUGGUCACUUGCAUUAUUAGUUGGAGGCAGAGCCGACCAUGACCCAGGUCUACCGUAUGCUUUCAAAGCAUCAGUGUCCUGAAAGGAUCCCUGAAAAACAGCAGCUUUCCCUGCCUUUGGACAGGAGACUUCAGAUACUCUGGAGAACCUCAUUAUGGAGUUUAAAGGAAUAGAUUGGAAUUUGAAAGCAUCAAAUUGUAGAAAAGUCUACAUUUUCUUUUACAAUACAAAACAUUAAUAAAAGGAAAAUCUUAGAAAGUUAAACUCACCAUUUAUUACCCUGUAAUGUUUUCUAAUGAAAACCAAUUAUAAAAGGGGGGCUGGCUUCGGCCUGGCUGAUCCCUGCCACCUCCCAGGGGGGUUCUUGUGGGCAUCUUCUUCUUCUGUUUACGUAGAGGGGGAUCAUGUGGACAAAGAAAGAUUCAAUUAAAUACAAUUUUUCUUCGUAUUGAUCUUCUCACUAUCUUAUUUUCUAGAUCUAUCUCAUUCCCCAACCUUAUUUGGGGUAGUAAUUAAUUUUUAACAGGGAAAGCUUGCUGUGUUAUCGAGAUUUUUAGCACUAUUUUACACGAAGACUGAAGGUUAGCUCUUGGAAAUGACAAGUUCCUUUAAAAUAUAUGUUUACUUUGCUCUGUGAAAUUUCUGGAUCAUUCCGGUCAUCAAGGCUGAUCACAUGUACUAUCUCUUGCUACCUGUGAAAAGGAUGUAAGAGUAUGUAACCAACACUCCAUUGCUUUUUAUUAGUAUGUAGAGAAUUUGUAUCUAAUUAAUGAAUGUAGUUUUACUGUAGUUUGUCAUUGUAAAUGGAACAAAGUACAUUAUCUUUAUAGUUAUUCUAAAAUGUACAUUAUGUAAGAAUUGUAAAUAUACUUGAUUACUUUGUAUGCUGAAAAUUUACAAUAUUAAGUCAAUAAAAAUAUCUCACUUCUGGCACA